AUUUGACGCUAAAGAUUCCCGCCAAAAGUACAGUAGCAAGUACGCAUAUUUUUAUAUUUAUAUCAAAAUAUUUAAAUGUAAAUUUAUUUUUUUAUAACUGAUAAAUUAUUUAAAAUAAUAUAAAGUCACUUCAUAAAUAAAUAUAUAAAUUUAUCAAUAAUAUGUAGGGAAAAUAAAUAUUUUUAAAGAAAAUUUAUAAAAGAGGUUAGGUCGGGUACUUGUCCUCACAAGUUUAUUAAUUAAUUAAUAAAUUAUAAUUAAAGAAGAAUUUAAAAAUGGCGAGUUUUGGAGACAGAAUUGUUGUUCUUAUUGACAUGGACUGUUUUUUUUGUCAAGUUGAAGUUAAAUUAGCUCCUGAAUUAAAAGGCAAACCAUUGGCUGUUAUUCAGUACAGUUCAUUUGGACCUGGAAGUAUAAUUGCUGUUAAUUACGAAGCAAGAGAUUUUGGAGUUACUAGACACAUGAAAAGUGAUGAAGCCAAAGAAAAAUGUCCUCAAAUAGAAUUAGUUACUGUCCCGCCACUAAGAAAUAAACCUGAUACUGGAAGGUAUCGUGCAGCCGGAAAAGAAGUUAUUGAUGUACUAAAAAAACAUUGCAAUAUUAUAGAACGAGCAAGUGUUGACGAAGCUUAUCUGGACAUCACAGACUUAGUGGAUAAAAAAAUGGAAACGAUCCAUAGUCAACCUAAAAACUUGGUAGCGCAAUUAUCUAAUACGUAUGUCGUCGGCUACUGCGAUUACGAGACAAAUGACGAAGAGAAACGUAAAGAAGGCGUUGAUCGUUGGAUAGCUGAAGCUUUCAGCGAACUUGGUGACAUGCAGGCAAGAAGAUUAGCAAUAGCAGGUAUAAUUGUUGAGUUCUUGAGAGCUGAAAUUUAUUCGCAGUGCGAGUUCAGAUGCUCUGCUGGUAUAUCUUACAAUAAAAUUCUCGCUAAAUUGGCGUGUGGUCUUCAUAAGCCGAAUCGUCAGACGAUUCUUCCGUCAGCAGGAGUUCCAACCUUGUAUUCUUCAUUACCUGUAAAGAAAGUACGGAAUCUUGGUGGCAAGUUCGGCAAUAUCGUUAUGGAAUCACUAGGAUGCAAUGUCAUGGCUGAUUUGUUGCGUUACUCGCUGCAAGAUCUUCAGAAAAGAUUUGAUGAAAAGACUGGCUCCUGGUUGUAUAACAUCGCGAGGGGAAUAGACAAUGAACCGGUUACUAAUAGACUUGUUUGUAAGUCGAUAGGUGCGAGUAAAAAUUUUCCAGGUAAACAGGCAAUAACUAAAUUGGACGUAUUGGAAUCUUGGGCUCACGAGUUAUCAUUGGAGCUGUCAGAUCGCCUGGAACAAGAUCUAGAUGAAAAUAAAAGACGCGCUACGUCCCUUACUAUCAGUUAUCAUUAUUAUCAAGACCGUAGAAUUAUAGCGCAGUCAAAAGUCUGCUCGCUACCUUCUUAUAAGGCUGAAAAAAUAUCCAGUAUUUGUGUGGACGUUAUUUCUAAAGGCCUACAGAAGCCGAUUGCUUUGAUUAGUAUGUCAGCUGGUAAAUUUGUUCCGAGUAAAGGAAGUGAGAGUUUUAAAAAUUUUUUCAAGCCGGGCAAGUCUAGUGCUGAUAAGACAGAGCAUACUGCUACCUCGGAAUCGGUUGAUUCUAUUUCUAAUUGUCUGAGUAAGGAAGAUGUUAAAGUUGAUGACGAAAGUGGGAAUAAAACUGAUGAUGAGGAUGAUAAUCCCUUGGAAAAAUCUUUUGUAGAAAUAUCAACUAAAGUUUGUGAUGACAAAUCAAGAAAAUUUUUUGAAGUUAAAAAUUCAAUUAGAAAAAAUAAAGAUAAAGUCCAAAAUAAACCAGUAAUUAAUUCUCUAACAAGUAAACCGAUAAAUUUGAAUUUAAACAAAACAUUAAAUGGCGAAAAUUUUAAAAACUCAUUUUUUAUGAAUAUUUUGAAAGAUUCAAAAGCGACUGUGGGCUUAAAACCUUCAGUGUCUACGUCUAAAUUUUUGGAACAGUCUACGGAAGUUGGGCAUCAAUCUAAAAGUGAUGGCGAAGACAAUGAAGAUAAGUCGGUGUCUGAAGAAAAAAAAGUAAGCAUUGAUAGUCCGAUUGAAUAUCAGUCACCGGAUAUUUUUGCUGAAUCACCAGCACAGGAUGCCUGCGAUGUUAGCGAACCAGAGCAUGCUGAGCAAAAGACCGUAGUGGAAAGUAAACAAGCUGAUGAUACUGAUGUACUAGAUAAAUUGAAAGAAAUCUUCCCGGAUCUUGAUAAUAUUGAUCGAUCUGUGAUGCAAUUAUUGCCGAUUGAGUUACAGAGAGCAGCGAAUGCGUAUUUGAAGUCGAGGAAAACUGUCGAUACUUCUCCGGUGGUAAAAAAAAAUGUUAAGAAUUCGACGGGUAAAACAAAAGGACAGAAAAAUAAAACAGACAAAUCGUCAGUUAAAAAAGAUAACUCAAUUUAUAACUUUUUAACUAAAAAUUCAGCGGAUAAUGACUCGACUAUGAAAUUAUGCCCAGAGUGUAAUCAGAUGAUCAAAAAAGAUAAAUUUUCCGAACACUCAGACUUCCAUGUCGCUAAAAAUUUACAUCUGGCUAUUAAUCAAUCGUCAAUUUCCUCGGCUGUCAAUGAAACUCCUGGUGACAAUGACCCAGAGACUCCAACUGCCAAGAGAAAAAUAAAUUUAAAUAAUUCAAAAUCAAAUAAAAAACCGCGCAAUAUUCAAUCUUUUUUCACUUGAUAAUUAUUUACUAUUUUUAAAAGUAAUUAAGUUACUCUGUGAUAAUGCGGCUACUGCAUAAUUUAAUGUUAUUUUUGUAAAUUAUAAAAAAAAAA